UUCUUCUCUCAGCGGAUUCUCAGGGGCUGGUUCAUCACCUUUGAAUACUCCUGUGACAGGAGGCGCCUGCAAAACCCGCCCCUCAGCCCCCAGCAGCAAAUAAAUACAAGGCUCCCAGCCCAGAAGCCAGGAGAAGUUUCUAGGCGCGCGUCCCCGAGGUUUAUUAAACUCUUGGCUGUGCUCAAGACCUCAGCGGGCUUUGGCUGGGAGCCUGGGCAGCCUGGGAGGCUGGUGACUUGCUGCUAAGCCUGGUGAGGUGGGACAGACAGAGGCCCUCUGGGGUUCUGCUGGGCCUGCUCGGUGAGUCACGUUUGUGAGCCAGGACCCCAGCUCCAUUCUGGGCAGCGGAUGGUUGGGCUUGUGGCUAACAGAAGAUCAGCAUUUUCUGAAGUGGAGGACUAAACUCUGAAAACCAUCUCAAGCCACAUCACCUUGCUGUGUGACCUUGGGUAGGUGGCUCCGUCUCUCUGAGCCUCUGUUUCCCCUUUGAGCUCAGCAGACACCAUGGCUGAUGGGCAACUGCCUUUCCCGUGCUCCUACCCAAGCCGCUUGCGCAGAGACCCCUUCCGGGACUCACCGCUCUCUUCCCGCCUGCUGGACGAUGGCUUUGGCAUGGACCCCUUCCCAGACGACUUGACAGCCCCUUGGCCUGAGUGGGCGAUGCCUCGGCUCUCCGCCUGGCCUGGAACCCUAAGGUCCGGCAUGGUGCCCCGGGGGCCUACAGCCACAGCCAGGUUUGGAGUGCCUGCUGAGGGCAGGAGCCCCCCACCCUUUCCUGGGGAGCCCUGGAAAGUGUGUGUCAAUGUGCACAGCUUCAAGCCGGAAGAGCUGAUGGUCAAGACCAAGGAUGGAUACGUGGAGGUGUCAGGUAAACAUGAAGAGAAGCAGCAGGAAGGUGGUAUUGUCUCCAAGAACUUCACCAAGAAAAUCCAGCUUCCAGCAGAAGUGGAUCCAGUGACCGUAUUUGCUUCACUUUCCCCAGAGGGCCUGCUCAUCAUCGAAGCUCCCCAAGUCCCUCCUUACUCACCCUUUGGAGAGAGCAGCUUCAACCACGAGCUUCCCCAAGACAACCCAGAAGUCACCUGUUCCUAAGACUUCAGCCUUGGUCCUUCUUCGUUCCUGUCCCCAGUCCCAGGGAAUCUCUGGUUGGAGGGUACAUACACUACUUUAGCAGAACUCAAAUUUAAAGCAACUCAGAUGUUGGGGGAUGGGAGGGAGAAGAGAAGGACCACAGAGUCCCUGGAUAAUGUAGUUAAUAGAUUUCUCCACAGGAUGACACAAUGGGCGAAGCCUUGCUUGGUUGUGUUAGGUCACGGUGUAGGGAGGAUUUUCCUUCAUCUUGUCCGGUUGAAGACACCGCACGGUCUAUAGUUGUGAAACUAGUGAAUGGGGACUGGACGUUUCGUGUUACAUCUUUACCUUGCAGCUCACGCAAGGGUUGCUUUUUCUCUGGGGACCUUCCCAUCACCCAGAUUCCUGCUCUGGCCUCUCCUAAUGUGUGGCUUGGCUGAUGGGGCCCUCUGGCUCCCCCUCAGUGUGUUUCUAAACUCCUUGUCUAGGAGAAGUCAUAGGCAGGUCUUAUAUCCCCGUGUGGGAUUUAUCAGCCACACAAAACAGUGCCUUUUUGCCCCUCACCCAGAUAUAUACCGCAUGACCCCAUGGCUCUCAAAUGAUCACCGCCAAGGACUCUGGGAACCUCUCAGUUGAUUCUCUGGCUAAGGUUCCCCUUUAUUGUGUCCCCUGUGUCCAAGUCAGAUUUUUACAGAGAGCUGUCUCCAAGCAGCUCUAUCAGGAACCAAGCAAAGGCCAGACAGCCUGGCAUGCAGGCUAGUGGUAUCGUGUAUGUGGGGGGAAUGUGUGUGUCUUUGUUGUGUGAAUUGUGCUGUUGUUUAGGGGGAAAAAUAACAGUAAAUAAUAAUAAUAAUAACGAUGAUGCCAAUAAAGGAGCUGAUGUUCUUA